UGGUUAGACUCAUUCAAAGCUGUAUCGAGGCUACCUCAGGGAGUUCCUUCACCAUGGAGAAAAAGGGUAAGUCCAAUAAAUUAUAUAUAUAUUAAUACAUUUUGACAAUAGUUAAUUUCUAGAGUUCAUGGAGCUGAGUUUAGGAUAAUAAAUAAUUGGAAAUUUUUCGUGCAGGCAUAAGUUGCAUCGUUUGGUUUUGUUUGAGUAACUUUUACACUUUUUCAUAAUUCUCCAUUUAGUAUUUUACGCUAGACUCUUUCAAAUGCCAGACAUAUUUACUUAGUUCAGUAGCAUGUUUGUAUCUGGAGUUUCUGAAGGAACUGGUGUGACCAUUGUACCUUGUUUUGAAUUCCCCUUCUGUAUGCCCUACAUUGGUCUUUUCCUCUUUUGUAUCGUUUCUAGUCACAGUUGCUUGAUAAACAAUGCUGCUUGUUAAGCAUUUACUGGGGAGAGGACAGGAAUCUUUCUUACGGCAAUUGCAUUCACUACUCUUUUCAGUCGUUUGAUUCUUAGUUGUUUCAGUUUUGUUUUGUUUGUUGAGUAUUGUCUUGUAUGACCAGAGACAAGACAAUGAACGUUAGGCAUGCAGCUGCAGCUUAAUUUCAAAGUGUUUCGAUUAAAUAUCUUGUGUAGAGGGCGGUUAGGAGGGAAGGAAUCGUCGAUAGCUUGAAGAAAUUUGUAUCCAAUGUUGGUGAUGACAUUGGAGUUGUAUGGGGGGUUGAACCAUAUUAUAUUUCUGCUUCUAGAUCGUUUAGUGGUUGGGGAUUGUAAUCAAACUUGUAGUCGUAACCGCUUUUUUUUGUAGUGCUUCUUGAUAUGGGGGAAUGGCUGAAUCAAAUGAUUGCUUAUCCGAUGAUAUGUUGGAUAGUCUAUUGUUUAUGGCUUGCGGUAUUGAUCGUAAUAUUGAUGGUGGGUAGUUACUUUCGCGGUUUACGUAUUGUGGUGUGUUUCCGGGUUUCAUGUAAGGCCUGUAUGAUGCGGAUCGUAGGUCAAGUGUGAUGUCUAGGUAGUUGACGCAUUUCUUGUUUGCUUCGAUAGUAAGUUUUAGAUUGUGAUCACUGAAGACUUUGCAAAUGUGUUUUUUGAUGUUCUUUGUUUCUGUCGGUGUUUUGUUAAAUGCUGCAAGACCGUCAUCUCUGUAGAGGCCGAUACGGUGCAAGCUUUGACAGUAGAUAUGAGCCAACUAACUCACAUGUUUCGGCACCGUCAAAGCUUCCCAUUGUAACGUCAAAGAGUGAUUUUGUUGUUUUCUUGCACCAAGUUGUAUUUAUUUAUUUGUUUUAUUUGUAUUAUUAUACAAAUUUCGUCAAGCUAUCGACGAUUCCUUCCCUCCUAACCAACCUCUACACAAGAUAUUUAAUCGAAACACUUUGAAAUUAAGCUACAGCUGCAUGCCUAAAGUUCAUUGUAUUGUCUCUGGUCAUAACAAGACAAUACUCAACAAACAAAACAAAACAAAACUGAAACAACUAAGAAUCAAACGACUGAAAAGAGUAGUGAGUGCAAGAGUAGUGAGUGCAAACGACUGAAAAGAGUAGUGAGUGCAAAUAUGUCUGGCAUUUGAAAGAGUCUAGCGUAAAAUACUCCAUUAAAUGGAGAAUUAUGAAAAAGUGUAAAAGCUACUCAAACAAAACGAAACGAUGCAACUUAUGCCUGCACGAACAAUUUCUAAUUAUUUAUUAUCCUAAACUCAGCUCCUUGAACUCUAGAAAUGAACUAUUGCCGAAAUGUAGACACCGGAACAAAUUCCUGUUGAGCAAUAAAUAGAUUAUAAAUAACACUGUAAUAUAACACUUUUGACCUCAAACAUGUACAUAGUAUAUCCUAGGCAACAACAUAGUGUGUUAUUUAAAUCACAGUUAAUAGAAAUAGGAUGGUUUGGAAAGCCGCCGAACUUCAAAGAGCGGCGGCAAAUAUGUUGCGCCACAAAGGAAGUGAAAGUCACGUGUCAAAUAGUGUGCAUGCUUUCGAGCGAAGUACUUAAGAUUAUUAAGGCGUUCAACAAAAAUCUUAUAAAAAAGUGUUUUUAAAAGUACGAUACAGCUGAAAUUGAAAUGGAGGAAACUUCUGAGGGAGUUUUGGAAGAAAUGGAAGAAAUAACGUCGAGUGUAAAGCCGUCUGGCCUAUCGUCGAGCAGCGAGGAACUGACAAUGUUACUCGACGAAGAUGCUUUCCACAUGAAUAUUGCGAUUGAUAUUGUUGAAAAUGAUGACCUAUCG